GUGUCGACAGGAGUGUCGACACCGUCCCGUGUCGCUGCACUCAGACCUGUCACCUGUCCUCCGUUCAGCUGUAAACCCCUUUAUUCCCAACCCGCACACAUGGAAACCAGCACAACCUGAAACGGCGCUGGAAGUAAAGAAUGAGAUAGCAGCAUAUAUAUAUAGAAAAGGAGAAAACAAAGAAAAAGCAAUGGAAACUAAUGGGAUCGAAAGGAAGACUACAGGCAUGGAGGGCGACCCAGACCUCCAGUUCCUCCUGAAAGGGGGAGACCUCCUGAAGGUCCGGUCACCUUCCUGGAAAAAGACACGCUUCUUCAAGCUCCAGGAGGAUUGCAAGACCAUGUGGCGCGAGUCCAAGAAGACCUUCAAGACAAGCCAGACGUUUCCGAUUGACGACAUCUCAGCCGUGCGGAUGGGUCGUCAGUCAGAGGGCCUGAGGAAGCACACGGAGGAGCAGGUGGAGAGCCGCUGCUUCUCCAUCAUGUUCAAGGGUCGCCGCAAGAACCUGGACCUCAUCGCCUGCUCCGAGGACGAGGCCCGGCAGUGGGUGAAAAGCCUGCAGAAGCUGGUCUCCAACAUCAACAGCCUGGACCGCCAGCAGACCAGGGAGCACUGGAUCUACAACUGCCUGAGGAAAGCGGACAAGAACAAAGACGAUAAGCUGAGUCAGUCGGAGGUCAAGAACUUCCUGAAGCUGAUCAACGUUGAACUGGACGACGACUACGCAGAGAUGCUCUUCAAGGAAUGUGACAAAUCACAAUCUGGAUAUCUGUCUGGAGAAGAGAUUGAACACUUUUAUGACCUGCUGACCCAUCGGGAAGAAAUUGACGUGAUCUACGGCGAGUACGCAAAAACCACUGGCUUCAUGAGUCCGGAAAACCUGGUGGAGUUCCUGAUGAAGGAGCAGCGAGAGAAAGCCUCGCUGGCCGACGCGCACAGAAUCAUCCAGACGUACGAGCCAGAUGAGCACGCCAAGGAGAUGAAGCUGCUGUCCAAAGACGGCUUCGUCAUGUACGCGCACCACCCGGAGGCCAUGGUCCUCAACGCGGAGCACAAGGAGGUGUACCAGGACAUGCACCAGCCCCUCAACCACUACUUCAUCUCCUCCUCACACAACACCUACCUCCUGGAGGAUCAGCUCAAGGGGCCCAGCAGCACGGAGGCUUAUGUCAGGGCCUUGCUGAAGAGCUGUCGCUGUGUGGAGCUGGACUGCUGGGACGGCUCAGACGACGAGCCGGUGAUCUACCACGGCUACACUCUCACCUCAAAGAUCCUCUUUAAGGAUGCCAUCAAAGCCAUCCAGCAGUACGCCUUCAAGACGUCCCAGUACCCCGUCACCCUGUCCCUGGAGAACCACUGCAGCGUGGAGCAGCAGGCCGUCAUGGCCCAGCACAUGAGGAGCAUCCUGGGGAGCGCGCUGGUCGUCUCCCCCCUGGGCGACGGCAUGCCCGCCGACUUCCCCUCGCCCGAGGAACUAAAGGGGAAGUUCCUGAUCAAAGGGAAGCGGCUCAAUAAACUGGAGGACUUCUUCAGCGAUGAGGCAGCAACGCUUGGCGACUCCAACGUGACCGAGGAGGAAGAGUCGGACGAUGACGAUGAGGAGGAAAAGGGGAAGAGCAAAAAAAAGCUGAAGUUGGCCAAGGAGCUGUCCGACAUGGUGAUUUACUGUAAGAGCGUCCACUUCAACGGCUUUGAGGACGCCAGAACCAACCUGAGCUUCUACGAGAUGUCCUCCUUCAAAGAGGGAAAGGCCAAGAAGCUGGCGGAAGGGUCGGCCAACGCCUACGUCCGGCACAACAUCGGAAAGCUGAGCCGCAUUUAUCCUGCCGGCUCCAGGACCGACUCCUCCAACUACAACCCGGUUCCCAUGUGGAACGCCGGCUGCCAAAUGGUUGCCCUGAACUUCCAGACCAGCUGCUCAGACAUGGACGUGAACCAGGGCCGGUUCCUGGUCAACGGCAGGAGCGGCUACAUCCUCAAACCGGCCUGGAUGAGGAGCUCGGCCUCCGACUUCGACCCCAUCACCCUGACCCGCGGAGCCUGGCUCCAGCUCAAGACGCUGCACGUCAUGGUGAUCUCCGGCCAGCAGCUGCCCAAAGUGACCCAGAAGAAGUCCUCCAUCGUGGACCCGCUGGUCCGGGUGGAGGUCUGGGGCGUGCCUGCUGACGUUUCGGAGAAGGAGACCAGCUAUGUGGAAAACAAUGGUUUCAACCCCACGUGGAACUCCACCUUCCAGUUUGACGUGUGCGUGCCGGAGCUGGCGCUGGUGCGCUUCGUGGUGGAGGACUACGACUCCACGUCCCACAACGAGUUCGUGGGACAGUACACUCUUCCUUUCAGCAGCCUGAAGAUGGGAUACAGACACGUCCCUCUGCUCAACAAGAACGGAGACCUGCUGCGCUCCGCCGGACUCUUCGUCCACAUCAUGGUGGUGGACGCGGAGUGAGACGCUGGGACUCUCCUCACAGCAUCGUUCUGUCCUUUCCUCCUUCUUCUUCUUCUCCUCCUCGAGUGCAGAAUGAACUGAUGGCUGGACUCCAGCAGCCGGGGAAGCUGCUGCAAGUCACAUGAUUUUUAAACAAUCUUUUAAGAUCCAGAGACGUGUGAAAACAAUCUGCUUUGUUUUAAUCUUUUUUUCAGCAGUAAUUUUAACCGUGUGAUUUGUUUUUCAUGUAACAUCAUCGGUUCUUAUCUUUUUGUAAGACACUGUAAAAGUGUUAAACCCC